AUGGAUCUAAAGAAUUUUAUAAUAAAGAACAAUAUUUUAUGCUUUGGAACUCUCGAAACUAUGAAUUUACUCGUUUAUGCUAAGAAAGAUGGAGUGUUCCAAUCAAAUUUAAAUGAAAACGAAAAUAAUAAAAUAAAUUUUGCGAAAAAAAUAUCUUCAAAGGCUCCAACUUCACUUGCAUUAGUAGACACAAUCGACGACAUUAAAGUUUUCAUCGGAAAGGACAAAGAAUUAAACAUAAUUUCAUUAUAUAGAAAUAUAAAAGAGCAAUCAAUCAAAAUGUCAUCAAAAAUCUUAUCGAUUAAGUCUAAUGGUUCAUGUGCAUACGUAUUGACUGAAGAUAAAGAACUUUCAAAAUUUGAUUCUUCUUUGAAAAAAGAUUCUAUUUCAAAAAGUGCAACAUCAUUUGAAAUCAUUGAUAAUACAACAUUGGCUAUCGGAACAAAUAAUAGAAUCACUAUAAAAGAUCAAAAUAUUCACAUAAGAGAUUUUACUCCAAAUAUUAUGGUAAAAAUCUCUGACCGUGAGCUUCUUACCAUUGGAAUUAAAGAUUCCACAACAAAUUAUGCAUUUGUUGACCUCCUAGAGAACGAAAUUUCAAAUCUUUCGAUGAUUAAACCAACAACUGAUAAUAAGUAUGUUAUCAGGAUCGACGGUAUACUUAAAUGCGAGUAUUUAAUACAACAAAGUUAUUUAGUUCCUAAAAAUAAUAAUUCUUCAAUUCCAACAGCACAAAAGUUUAAUUUCAGCCUUACAAAUGGCUUCACUGAGUCUGGCAAAGAGAAAAUAGCUUUACCAACAAAGCCAAAGACGAAAACAGAUCUCUAUCAGAAUUUUCUUAAUUUAAGAAGUCUUCCUAUGCCAAAUCCAACAUCCUAUACCAUGUUUAGGGAGAAAACUAUGACAUAUAUUGCCAGUUUGUCAUAUAUUACAGAAUUCGAGAAAAUUCAGGAAGAAAUUCAAAAAGAUUUAAACGAAACUGUUGUAAAGAAGUCAGAUAUCGAUUCCCUUAUAGAGAAAGAUAUUGAUACCAUCGUUAGCAAAGUCAAACAGGCCAAACCAAAAGAAAUUGUUCCUGAAACUAAACCAAAGGAAGAAAUUGAGAAGCCAAAGCGUCUAUCGUUUGAUUUUAGUAAGCAUAAGAAGAGGCCACAAAAAGCUAUGACCACCACGGAGCCACAAAUAGAACAACGACCAGCAUGGCAUGCAACUUUCGAAUAA